CUGCUCUGCAGUGUGCUGGUCUUUCCUUCCUGAAGUGCAGCUGGCUCAGACAUCUGGGCCUUGCUGCCCCUCGGCCUUGUACUGUCCAAGAUGCCCACGCAGGCCUCUGCCGGGACCUAGGUCCUCCCUCUCCUGGGGCUGCAGAGGCCAGACGUUCAGCGGUGAGGGGUCCAAGGAGAGUCCUGGGAGACCAGGGGGGCUCUCUUCAGCCUCUGUCCCUGCACCCUACCUGGCCCGUUGGGAAGCCUCCAGCAGCAGCAAGACGCAGGCUGUUCCAUCUGCUCAUAAGGACGUCUGCCACCAGUACCCAGGGCAUGACUGAAGGCCGGACCACAGGCCACCAAAAGAAGAAGGCUACCCCACUUAGAGACGCAGACCAUGUGGGGCUCCCUAGAGCUGCUUGUGGCAUGGUGUCUAAUGUUGGUGGCCGGUGGUACUGAGCAUGUCUACAGGCCCAGCCGCAGAGUGUGCACCGUGGGGGUUUCCGGAGGCUCUGUCUUGGAGUCCUAUGUGCAGCGUGUGUACCAGCCUUUCCUCACCACUUGCGAUGGACACCGAGUCUGCAGCACUUACCGAACCAUCUACCGGACUGCCUAUCGCCGCAGCCCUGGGCCGACUCCCACCCAGCCUCGCUAUGCCUGCUGCCCUGGUUGGAAGAGGACCAGCGGGCUCCCCGGGGCUUGUGGAGCAGCAAUAUGCCAGCCUCCAUGCGGGAAUGGAGGGAGUUGCAUCCGCCCAGGCCACUGCCGCUGCCCUGUGGGAUGGCAGGGAGAUACUUGCCAGAUAGAUGUGGAUGAAUGCAGUACCGGAGAGGCCGGUUGUCCCCAGCACUGUGUCAAUACUGUGGGCAGUUACUGGUGCCAGUGCUGGGAGGGGCAGAGGCCAUCUGCAGAUGGGAGGCACUGUCUGCCCAAGGAGGGGCCCCCCCUGGUGGCCCCAAACCCCUCCACAGGCGUGGACAGCAUGGUCAGAGAGGAGAUGCACAGGCUGCGGUCCCGGGUUGAUGUGCUGGAACAGAAACUGCAGUUGGUGCUGGCCCCACUGCACAGCCUGGCCUCUCGGGCUACAGAGCAUGGGCUCCAGGACCCUGGCAGUCUGCUGGCCCACUCCUUCCAGCAGCUGGACCGCAUUGAUUCAUUGAGUGAGCAGGUCUCCUUCUUGGAGGAGCAGCUGGGGUCCUGUGAGUGCCACACCUCCCCACCCGCAGAGAUCCCAGGGAACCCGUGGGGUGGAUGGAACUAUCACUGGGGGUGCCCAGAUCUGCAAGUCUGAACCCUCUUUCCUCUCCUGCUCUAGGCUCUUGCAAAAAAGAUCUGUGAUAGUAUCUCACCACCCAGGUUGGACUGAGAUGCCACCCUUACAUCCCCU